CUGGGUUUAGGGUUUUGUACUUUUUGUUCUAUCAACCAUGUUUAGCUGCUAGCUCUUAAUUUCUAAAAUUGAGAGAGAAUUAAUAGAAUGUCAUCAUCGUGUCUAAGUGGAGCUGGCGGAAGAACCUAUGGCUUCGAAUUCGAAUUCGUUAAGUCAACAUCUUCAUCAAUCACCAGAACUUCACACACUUCAUCAUCACCAUCUUCAACAAUCUCCGAAUCCAGCAACAGCCAGCUGGCAAUCUCCACGCGUAAGCCCAGAACCGCUCGCAAACGACCCAAUCAAACCUAUAACGAAGCCGCGGCGCUUCUCUCCACCGCAUACCCCAACCUCUUCUCAUCCAACACCCUCAAAAGCUUCGCCAAACCAUCGCCGCAAUACAGUAACGGUAAUAUUUCCAAUACGGCGUCGUUUUUGGACGAUUCGUCGGACCUGUUGUUGCCGUUCAGGGUGUUCGAUACGUCGUCGUUUCUGCUCCACCAGUACAAGCCGUCGUGCUUCGCGGUGGAGCCUAAGGUGGUGAGUGUGCAGCACGAGAAGCCAUGCCAGAGCCCAGGGGAGAUAAGCUCCAGGGUGAAUUCCUUGGAAUUAGAGGACCAUAAUAAUAACCAUUGCGGCGCCGGAGAAGACGAUUUCGAUGCCGAAUCGAUGCUCGACGAGGAAAUCGAGGAGGGAAUUGAUAGCAUCAUGGGGAGCGGGGUAGAAUUGGAAUCGUCCUCCAUUGACGGAGCUUCUUCGGAUAAUAAUCCGUGGAGUUGUUUUGGCGGGAAACUGGAUUUCCGGCUAGGGUUGCGGAGGGCCGGAGUGAGGGCUCUCCGAAGCGCCGACGACGGCAAUUGGUGGAAUUUCCCGGCGGUUGAUAUCCUUCAGAUAUCGCCUAAGGCCGUAAACAAGCCUGCGCCGCAACAAUCGGUGGCUGCGGCAGCUGAAAAGGCGAAGAAGAAGAAGAAGAAGGUGGAGAAACCGAGCGUUGAGGUGAAGAACAAGAACGAUGAAUUGCCGAAGCUGAAUAAUAUUCAUGCCGCUGUUCCGAAAUUGAAUUCCGGAUUGAUGUUGAAAUUGAAUUACGACGGUGUCAGGAAUAGUUGGUCCGACCGGGGCUCGCCGUUCGGCGACGACGGCUCAGCCUCCGACUUGCCGGGAAAUGACGUCACCGCACGAUUGUCACAAAUCGAUUUGUUAUGGGAGAAUGGGGGAAUGAGAGAGGCUAGCGUGCUUCGCUACAAAGAAAAGCGGCGUACACGCCUCUUCUCCAAGAAGAUCAGGUACCAAGUCAGGAAGGUCAACGCAGAUCGACGGCCCAGAAUGCAGGGACGAUUUGUUAGGAGGCCGAUUUCUAGCUCAAAUGCGCACAGAUGAACAUGCUUUUUUGUGACCUUCCUUUUAAAAAUAAAGUUUUAAUUCUUGUAACCUUUUCUUUAAAAAUUUCUCUUCACUUUUUGCGUUA